UUAUAAGAUAAAAUAUUCAAAACUAGUAACUGAUGAUAUACAUCUGACCGGUAAAAAAUACGUAUGUCUGCCUGCAAAAUAAUAUGAAUUUUCAAGGUAAAUAUGAACAGUACAAGUGUGACGAAGUCCAGGUAAAGGGUCAAUACGUCUACCUUUGACACACGAGUUAAAUAAAACACUAAACACAUAGGUACAUCACUUAACAUACCCGAAAUAAUGUGUUCACAUACAUGUGUUCAAAUACAGGUACGACUCCAUUGCUCAGAGCUAUCCUUAUGGUAUGGGUAAAAGAUACAUUUCAACAAAUAGCCCUAUAAAUUGGAGAAGCACUCUGAGGAACUAUAUCAGUCGCAAUUAGCUGUUCUUCGCAGUAACAUUGUCUUUCGAAUUUCGAGAGUCCAGGAAGCUUUUAUCGUUUAACAUAUUGCUAGAAGAGCACAGUCAGAGCCUUCGUUUCUAGUAUCACUAUGGCCUCUAAAGACUCUAACAAGCCAUCUCCGACAAGAGUGCCGAAUAUCGACGAUACUGUAUCGAAGUUGUACACCGGAUUGUCCGCACUACAGCAACAGUCCAAGAGCUUCCAGAAGCGAGACAUUGAACAACUUCUGAAGGCAGCCCUGGGAUGCGCUGAUAGCACUCAAAAGUACACACCGUCGUCCGAUACUUCCAGCUUCCUGCACAGCGACGACAGCAACGACAGCAGCCGGCUUCUGAUCGCUUCAGAGAGCGACCACAGUGACACCCAGUCGAACCACAGCGAACAGUCGGAAUCGAGCGGAGCGACAUUCACCAGUACCACUUCAACCCUUAACGACAGCCGGUCAGUUACCGUCAUGAAGAAGCUUCACCCUUCCCGUCCACUCAGCCGAUGGCAUUCACUGGUCGCGGCGAACAACGAGGAAAUUCCGAUCGUAUACCACAAGAGCAUGGCUCGCCAGUUCCCGGUCAAGGAUCGCACCCCGGAACAGAUGGAAAUGCGUCGCCGAAAUACGGAAGCAGCUCGUGUCAGCAGGGCAAAGUCGAAGAUGGCUGAAGUUAUGAUGGAGAAGGAAGCAUCAGAGCUCGGUGCAGCGAAUACAUCCAUCAAGGAAAUGAUCGCUUCACAAUUGGCCUACGCAAACGAGCUCUGUAAGCUGCUGGACAUGCCAAAGGUGAAAUUGAAUACGUUCAAACGAGUUGGACAAGAUGGCGCCAAAUAGAUAAAUAGAUGCGAAAUUUAGUUAUUUACUUAUAAUAAAAAUUUAAACUUAAAGUCAUCAAAGUUCGUUCAAUGGUUAUAAGAAAUCUUCCUCCGUUGAUUCUUCACUUUUGAUGCUAAAUCGAAAUCUCUAGUUCCGCUUUUUAUCCCUCUCGUCCUUUCAGCCGAUUGCAUUCCAUGAUCGAAUGCAUAUAGUUGGCAUGAUGAAUAUAUAAUAUAGAUAUAGAAAAUAUAUGUGAUGAUUUUGACGGCAGCAUAAGGAUAAUUCACCACAAGUCCCGAGCCUGGAUUGAACAUCAAAACAGAUGGAAUAGCGACGUAUAUGAUAGCAACUCGUUGAAGCAGGAGAAAGUCGAGGGUUGAAGUAUGUAUGUAUAUAUUAUGGACAAAGAAGCAGCCAAUCAGUCUAUCAAGCUUUCUCAGCUGAUGGAAAUGCAAAGUGUGAAGACUACAUUUAAGCGUUCUGAAAUAAUUUUAAUCUAAUAAAAACACCAAUGAUAAACAGA